AUGGGGAAAAGAAAAACAUCAUCAUCCAAUGAUGUAAACGCCGAAGCAAAGACGUCGAGGUCGACAAGGACGACGAGGACGACCAGGACGAAGAACAACAACGGUAACAACAAGAGUGUACAGAAAAAGAAGGAGAAAGAAAAGGCCAUCACGACGACAAAAGCGACGGCUAAAUCUCGGGGAAAACCAACAACAGUCUCAAUAAUUUGGAAAUUGGUGACCCACCACGCGGAUAUUUUCAACAAGCACGUGCUUCCGAAACUGAACGAGACGGAGAUAUAUUGCUUUUCUGAAGCGAAUAAAGAGAGUUUACGAUGCGUGCUGCGAGCAGGGAGAGUGAAAACGAAGAACAUUUUUGCGAAAAAGAGACUCGUUUGGAACGUAGGCGAAUGCGCAAAUCUUUCGCUCAUGAAAUGGGCGUGGAACGAGACGAAUCCGACGAAUACGCGGGAACGAGAGAUGAAUCAUAAUAAAGCACGGUUUUGCGCUAAAGUCGUUCAAACGAACAAACUCGAAUUGCUCAAAUAUAUAAGAGAAGUAAAAAAAUGCGGGUGGGAUGAAGAGACGAUCAAAAUGGCGGCGCGUAUAGGUAAUCUGGAGAUUCUGAAGUACUGCUUCGAGAACGAGUGCCCGUGCGGGGAGGAGGUGGAGUACGGUCAGAUGUUAUUUGAGCUCGCCGCCAUCGGAGGACACGUGGACUGUCUUCGAGUUCUCUUCGAAGAGUUGGACCCUCCGGAGGAGUCGGGAACCGAAGAAAGAGUGGCGGAGCACGCGGCAGAAUACGGGUACCCAGACGUGUUGAAAUAUCUCGUCGAAGAGAGAGAGUUGUCCGACUCGGUAAUAGAAGAGUGCGUCUCGACAUCCGUGAAUUAUAGUCAACUCGAGUGCCUCAAAUACUUAGUCGAAGACGCCGAAGCGCCUCUCGACGACUGGAAAUUACUCGCCUACGCUCGGGACUCCUCAGAGGACGAAGACAUCGUAGACUAUUUGCGAGAAAAAGGGUGCCCAGAACCAACCGACGAAGAAUGGGCGGAACAUCGCUCGAUCUGA